CGGCGACUUAUCCAUUCCCAGCGCCAGAGACGAACGCAACCGCCAUGGCCGACGUGAUCGAGUUCGACGCGCCGUCGUACUACGACCUCAACGACACGGACUUCGAGAAGGCGUACAUCAACAACGCCGACGGCUACUUUGGCGACUGCGCCGACGACGCCGAGUUUGACUUUGGCGGCUCCAACCAAGCGCGCAGCGAGCCCGCCGACGACGACAUGGUCCUCUAUGCGAGGAGCCACGCCACCUCGGACGACGACGGCGACGACGGCGCCGACGUGGCGAGCAACAACCAUAGCAGCAGCCACGGCGGUUCGCAGCGCAACGCCAAGACGCUCGUGCCCCACUCGCGCAAGCCGCUGACAAAGCCGGCCUCGCCGCGACUGCAGACGUCCCGCAGAGCACAGACAAGCAGCAGCCACCGCAAGGUGUACACGCCGCCCGACACGGAUGCGAUCGAGAUGGCCAAGCAGUUCCACGCGCUGCCGCUGCCGAGCACGCACGCUGCGCCGACGAUCGCACCGCGCCUGGUCGAGCGCGCCGCUACGAAGAAGCCGACGACGCCCCGCAUCCACGUGCCCAUGACGACGGACCGAUUCGGCGCACGCGUGCCACUCGUGUCGCCCGUCAAGCCCCAGGCCAAGCCGCGCCGGCCACACGGGCUCUCGGAGGACGCGACGCCGCGCGUGGCCCGCGCCGUGAGCCAGAGCUCACCGCGCCCCCAAGAGGUGGCUGGGCCGCGACCAAAGCUGGAAAAGUCCAAGUCGGUCGGCAACGUCAUGCUCGAGCCCGACCUGACCGUUCAGCGGUCCGAGGAGCGGGCGCGGAAGCGGCAGGAGCUUGAGCUGCGGCGCCGGCAGCUUCUUGCCGAGCGGGAGGCGCUCAAGCAAGCCGAGGAAGCGAGACGCGCCGAGGAGGCGUUGGCGCGCGAGCGGGACCUCCGGCUCCAGCAGUCCUUCAAGGCCAAGCCCGUGCGAAGACCCAAGGAGCCAUUCCGCAUCGCGCCGUCGUCGCGCGAGCUCACAAUGCCCAAGUCCCCGAAAUGCCUUCGUCCAAAGGGCGGCUUGUACUAACUCCGGAAGGACACUAACUAACGACAUA